AUGCCCCCGAAACGGAAAUCUACGGCAAGUGCCGAUGCGCCGCCGGCCAAGAAAGCCGCAGCCAACCAAGACGCAGCUCGCAAAGCCAAGGCCAAGACCGUAAAGGAGCGCAUUGUCUACAUCGUGUCGGUGGCAACGCAGCUUCUCGGACCGUUGACGAUCAAGAAGCGCCUCCUCGCCGAGUUUGGCUUGACCGAGUCCAAGCCGUUUGCGUCCAACUUCAAGAAGGCUUUGAAAGAGCUCAGCGAAGAAGACCGCGACGACUUUGGCAAAAUUGGAGGCAGCUACCACGGUGGCACGUCGUCACCAGUAUACCUGGCCCGCGUAGCCAAGGAAGAGGCCGACGCGGCUCACGCAGCAGAAUUCGCGGCGCACGAAGGUUGCGUCAAGUGUUGCUUCUGCGACCAUUGGUGCUCGGAUGACUGCUUCAUUGACGAAGACUCGGUUGCGCGCGGCGGCGAAUACACAUGCUCCAACUGCCACAAGACAUUUUGGACGUGGAUCUCGGACGGGUACGCGUAUGGUCACCCCAUCGAAUAUCGCUACGGCGACGGCAAGGCCGAUUAUGCGGACCUGAGCGACUAAGAUUUUCGACGGAAUCACCUUUUGUCUUUAUCAUCGCAAAAUACUGGGACGGUAUG